AUGGUGGCGGCUCCUCCGGCCGCCGCCGCCGCCAUGCGCCGGGGGUUCCUGGUGCCCGAGAUCCGCCCGCUGGACCAGUACGACGGGGCUCGGGCUCGCAGCGCCGCCAGCCUGGCCUGGGCCAUCGCCACCGGCUACGGCGGCGCCGAUGGCGGCGCGCCGCCGCCGUCGCGCUCUGAUGACGCCACCCGCGCGCCGCUCCCCCCUCCAUCCCGGAAGGUCUCGGCCACUCAACCCCCGCCACUCCCAAGAUGGCGGCCCGCUCCCUCUACCAACGUCAUCGCGGCGCGCCGCGGGCGGGCGGAGGGCGGCGGCGGCGGCCCCGGCGGGGCGGGCGGGGGCACGGGGGGCGGCCCCAACAUGGCGGCGGCGGCGGCGGCGGCGGCGGCUCCUCCCGCCUCCCCGCCGGGCCCCGCUUCCUCCCCGCGGGCCCCAUCCCCGCCGGGGCCGCCCGCGCCGCCGCCGCCGGCCCCCCCCUCAAGAUGUCGGCGGCGGCCCGGUCGCGCGCGGCGUGACGAUUUGCUCUCGGUUUGGGAUUUUGGAUUUGGUCCAGGUUUGGGAUUUGUUCUGGAUUUGGGAUCUGCUCCAGAUUUAGGAUUUUGCUCCAGGUUUGGGAUUUGCUCCAGAUUUGGGACUUGUUCUCCAUUUGGGAUUUGCGAUUUUCUCUGGGUUUGGUAUUUGGGAUUUUGCUCCAGGUUUGGGAUUUGGGAUUUUCUCCGUGUUUGGGAUUUUGCUCUGGAUUUGGGAUUUGCUCCGGAUUUGGGAUUUGCUCUGGACUUGGCAUUUGCUCCAGGUUUGGGGUUUGGGAUUUUCUCUGUGUUUGGGAUUUGGGAUUUUGCCCCAGAUUUGGGAUUUUCUCUGUGCUUGGGAUUUUCUCUGUGUUUGGGAUUUUCUCAGUGUUUGGGAUUUGGGAUUUUGCCCCAGAUUUGGGAUUUGCUCCAGAUUUGGGAUUUUCUCCGUGUUUGGGAUUUGGGAUUUUGCUCCAGGUUUGGGAUUUGGGAUUUUGCCCCAGCUUUGGGAUUUGGGAUUUUGCCCCAGAAUUGGGAUUUUCUCUGUGUUUGGGGUUUGGGAUUUUCUCCCUGUUUGGGGUUUGGGAUUUUGCCCAGAAUUGGGAUUUUCUCUGUGUUUGGGGUUUGGGAUUUUCUCCCUGUUUGGGGUUUGGGAUUUUGCCCAGGUUUGGGAUUUUGCCCCAGAUUUGGGAUUUUCUCCCUGUUUGGGAUUUGGGAUUUUGCCCCAGAUUUGGGGUUUUCUCCCUGUUUGGGGUUUGGGAUUUUGCCCAGCUUUGGGAUUUUGCCCAGCUUUGGGAUUUUGCCCCAGAUUUGGGAUUUUCUCCCUGUUUGGGAUUUGGGAUUUUGCCCAGAUUUGGGAUUUUCUCCCUGUUUGGGGUUUGGGAUUUUGCCCAGCUCUGGGAUUUCCCGCGGUUUCUCGUUUCCCCGGAACGAUCCCGCUCCGGCUGCGAUAAUUCCUUUGCGUCCCCACCUGGGCGGUAUUUUUAGGUAUUUUUAGGCUCUCCCUUCCCUCUCCUUCCUCGGUAAAUUUAGCUCCUUCUGCUCCCUCCUGUGCCUUUAUCCCGCCGGAGCCGCCAGAGCUGCGAAUUCCCGGCCUCCUUCGGCCUCCUUCAGCCUCCUUCAGCCUCCUUCGGCCUCCUUCAGCCUCCUUCAGCCUCCUUUGGCCCCGUUUGGCCCCGUUCGGCCCCUCCUGGCCCGAGCCGAGCUUCCCUUCCCUUCCCCUCCCGGGGCCGGAGCCGCCCUGCCCGCGAUCCUUUAAACUCCCGGUUCUCAGGUGGGAAAAGGGGUUUGGGGUCUUUAUUGCACUGGAAUCCUUUUAAUUCCUGCUCCCGGGUGGGAAAAGGGAUUUGGGGUCUUUAUUGCACAGGAAUCCUUUAAAUUCUGACCUUUUGGGGUCUUUAUUGCACUGGAAUCCUUUUAAUUCCCGCUUUUCAGGUGGGAAAAGGGGAUUUGGGGUCUUUAUUGCAUCAGAAUCCUUUAAAUUCUGACAUUUUGGGGUCCUUAUUGCUCUGGAGUUGUUUUAAUUCUGACCUUUUUGGGGGUAGGGAAAGGGGUUUGGGGUCUUUAUUUCACAGGAAUCCUUUUAAUUCUGACCUUUUGGGGACUUUGUUUCACUGGAAUUGUUUUAGUUCCCACUUUUCAGGUGGGAAAAGGGAUUUGGGAUCUUUAUUGCGCCGGAAUCCUUUCAAUUCUGACCUUUUGGGGUCUUUAUUGCACAGGAAUCCUUUUAAUUCUCAUUUCUCAGGUGGGAAAAGGGGAUUUGGGAUCUUUAUUGCACAGGAAUCCUUUAAAUUCUGACCUUUUGGGGUCUUUAUUGCACUGGAAUCCUUUUAAUUCCCGCUUUUCAGGUGGGAAAAGGGAUUUGGGGUCUUUAUUGCACAGGAAUCCUUUAAAUUCUGACCUUUUGGGGUCUUUAUUUCACUGGAAUCCUUUUAAUUCUGUCCUUUUGGGGCAGGGAAAGGGGAUUUUGGGAAUCCUUUAAAUCCCCCUUCUCAGGUGGGAAAAGGGGUUUGGGGUCUUUAUUUCACUGGAAUCCUUUUAAUUCUGACAUUUUUGGGUCUUUGUUUCACUGGAAUUGUUUUAGUUCCCACUUUUCAGGUGGGAAAAGGGAUUUGGGGUCUUUAUUGCACAGGAAUCCUUUUAAUUCUGACCUUUUGGGAUCCUUAUUGCUCUGGAGUUGUUUUAAUUCUGACCCUUUGGGAUCUUUAUUUCAUCAGAAUCCUUUUAAUUCCUGCUUUUCAGGUGGGAAAAGGGGAUUUGGGAUCUUUAUUGCACCAGAAUCCUUUUAAUUCUGACAUUUUGGGGCAGGGAAAGGUGAUUUUGGGAUCUUUAUUUCUGUGGAAUUGUUUUAAUUCUGACCUUUUGUGGUCUUUAUUUCACUGGAAUCCUUUUAAUUCUCAUUUCUCAGGUGGGAAAGGGGGAUUUGGGGUCUUUAAUUGCUCUGGAAUCCUUUCAAUUCUGACCUUUUGGGGUCUUUAUUGAGCCGGAAUCUUUUUAAUUCCCGGUUCUCAGGUGGGAAAAGGGGAUUUGGGGUCUUUAUUGCUCUGGAAUUGUUUUAAUUCUGACCUUUUUGGGGUCUUUAAUUGCACUGGAAUCCUUUCAAUUCCGGGUUCUCAGACGGGAAAAGGGAUUUGGGAUCUUUAUUUCACCAGAAUCGUUUUAAUUCUGACCUUUUGGGGCAGGGAAAUGUGAUUUUGGGGUCUUUAUUGCACCGGAAUCCUUUUAAUUCUCAUUUCUCAGGCGGGACAAGGGGUCUGGGGUCUUUAUUUCGCCGGAAUUGUUUUAAUUCUGACCUUUUGGGGCAGGGAAAGGGGAUUUUGGGAUCUUUAUUUCUGUGGAAUUGUUUUAAUUCUGACCUUUUGGGGUCUUUAUUUCACCGGAAUCCUUUUAAUUCUCAUUUUUCAGGUGGGAAAAAGGGAUUUGGGGUCUUUACUGCACUGGAAUCCUUUUAAUUCUGCCCUUUUGGGAUCUUUAUUUCACUGGAAUCCUUUAAAUCCCCAUUUCUCGGGUGGGAAAGGGGAUUUGGGGUUUUUAUUGCUCUGGAAUUGUUUUAAUUCUCAUUUCUCAGGUGGGAAAAGGGGAUUUGGGAAUCCAUUAAAUUCUGCCCUUUUGGGGCAGGGAAGGGAGCUUUUGGGGUCUUUAUUGCUCUGGAAUCCUUUCAAUUCUGACCUUUUUGGGGUCUUUAUUGCUCUGGAAUUGUUUUAAUUCCCACUUUUCAGGUGGGAAAACGGAUUUGGGGUCUUUAUUGCUCUGGAGUUGUUUUAAUUCUGACCUUUUGGGGUCUGUGUUUCACUGGAAUCCUUUUGAUUCCCGCUUUUCAGGUGGGAAAAGGGAUUUGGGGUCUUUAUUGUGCCAAAAUCCUUUUAAUUCUGACCUUUUGGGGCAGGGAAAUGUGAUUUUGGGAUCUUUAUUGCACCGGAAUCCUUUUAAUUCCCUCUUCUCAGGUGGGAAAAGGGAUUUGGGGUCUUUAUUGCGCCAGAAUUGUUUUAAUUCUGACCUUUUGGGGCAGGGAAAGGGGAUUUUGGGAUCUUUAUUACUCUGUAACUGUUUUAAUUUCCACUUUUUGGGGCAGGGAAAGGCGAUUUUGUGGUCUUUAUUGCUCUCAAAUUUGUUUUAAUUCUGACCUUUUGGGGUCUUUCUUUCACUGGAAUUGUUUUAAUUCCUGCUUCUCGGGUGGGGAAAAGGGGAUUUUGGGAUCUUGGUUUCUCUGGAAUUCUUUUAAUUCUCAGCUUUUUGGGGCAGGGAAAGGUGAUUUUGGGAUCUUUAUUUCACUGGAAUUGUUUUAAUUCUCAGCUUUUUGGGGCAGGAAAAGGUGAUUUUGGGAUUCUCCUUUAUUCACUUGGAUCAUUUCCAGUCCCACUUUUUAGGGCAGGAAAAGGUGAUUUGGGAUUCUCCUUUAUUCACUUGGAUCAUUUCCAUUCCCACUUUUUAGGGCAGGAAAAGGUGAUUUUGGGAUUCUCCUUUAUUUCACUUGGAUCAUUUCCAGUCCCACUUUUUAGGGCACUAAAAGGUGAUUUUGGGGUGAAUAUUUUGGGCCAACCCACCUGCUUUGAGCCUGCUUUCCCCUCCCAGAAUCUCCAAAGCUUUUCCCAGGUGGAAAAUCCGAUCCUGCCCAGCCCAUCCCGUGGCAGAACCUCCCAAAUCCUCAUUUGGGGCUUUUCCCUUCUCGGGAAUUGGGGUUUUGGGGAUAAAUGACAGAUUUGAGGGGAUUUGGGGAAUUUUGGGUGAUGGAGGGGAGCACAGGUGACAUUGGGUGACUUUUGGUGACCCCAAACCCUCCCUCAUUCCUCAUUUUCUGCCCUUUUUCCCUCAGUGGGGAGCACAGGUGACAUUUGGUGACUUUUGGUGACCCCAAAAUCUUCUUUCCUCAUUUUCUGCCCAGUUUCCCUCAGCAGAGUGACACGGGGACUUUUGGUGACUUUUGGUGACUUUUGGUGCCCCCAAACCCUCCCUUUGCCCAUUUUCUGCCCCUUUUCCCUCAGUGGGGUGGACAGAUGACAUUUGGUGACUUUUGGUGACAUUUGGUGACUUUUGGUGUCCCCAAACCCUCCUUCUUUCUUCAUUUUCUGCCCCUUUUCCCUCAAUAGAGUCACACAGUGACAUUUGGUGACUUUUGGUGACCCCAAACUCUUCUUCUUUCCUCAUUUUCUGCCCAUUUUCCCUCGGCAGAGUGACACGGUGACAUUUGGUUGGUUUUGGUGUCCCCACCCCUCCCCUUGCCCAUUUUCUGCCCCUUUUCCCUCAGUGGGGAGCACAGGUGACAUUUGGUGACUUUUGGUGACUUUUGGUGCCCCAAACCCUCCCUCAUUCCUCAUUUUCUGCCCCUUUUCCCUCAGCAGAGUGGCACAGUGACAUUUGGUGACUUUUGGUGACAUUUGGUGACAUUUGGUGACAUUUGGUGACCCCAAACCCUCCCUUUGCCCAUUUUCUGCCCCUUUUCCCUCAGCAGAGUGACACGGUGACAUUUGGUUGGUUUUGGUGACCCUAAAUCCUCCUCAUUCCUCAUUUUCUGCCCCUUUUCCCUCGGCAGAGUGACACGGUGACAUUUGGUGACUUUUGGUGUCCCCACCCCUCCCCUUACCCAUUUUCUGCCCCUUUUCCCUCAGGGGGGAGCACAGGUGACAUUGGGUGACUUUUGGUGACCCCAAACUCUUCUUCUUUCUUCAUUUUCUGCCCAUUUUCCCUCAGUGAGCAGAGUGAGGAGCACAGGUGACAUUUGGUGACUUUUGGUGUCCCCAAAUCCUCCCUUUGCUCAUUUUCUGCCCCAUUUUCCCUCAGGGGGGAGCACAGGUGACAUUGGGUGACUUUUGGUGCCCCCAAACCCUCCCCUUGCCCGUUUUCUGCCCCUUUUCCCUCAGCAGAGUGACACGGUGACAUUUGGUGACUUUUGGUGCCCCCAAACCCUCCCCUUGCCCAUUUUCUGCCCCUUUUCCCUCAGCAGAGUGGCACGGUGACAUUUGGUGACUUUUGGUGACCCUAAAUCCUCCUCAUUCCUCAUUUUCUGCCCCGUUCUCC